AUGAGGAACUUCAGCAAGUUUUUGCUCAUUUUUGCUCUAUUUUAUUGCAUCAAGGGUCAGACCACAAAACCAGAUUUCUGUGGCCUGCCAAAAGAUGAAGGCACCAAAUCAGACAAAGACAUCCGAGCCUACUUGUAUUACAAUAAGACUGCAGAUAAGUGCUAUCCGUUCCGCUACACGGGAGCAGGUGGAAACCAAAACCGCUUCAAUUAUGAUUCUUACUGCAUGAAAAACUGCUCCCCCAGUGCUGACCGACUGUAUCCUACAAACAGAACUCAAGCUUGCCUCUUGAAAAAAGCUCCAGGUGACUGUUUGGGCCAUUAUGUAAGAUAUUACUAUGAUGCUGUUAAUGGAGAGUGCGUGAUAUUUUCCUGGACUGGCUGUGUGGGCAAUGGAAACCGUUUUUUGGAUUUGAAACAGUGCAAUGCCACAUGCUUUGGAAUAUUAGUGGGCCCGGGUGUGGCUCAGGUGGCGCCUCAGGAGGGUUUCCCACUGCACGCAAGUUUGGCAGCGGGUGUGCCAAGUGACGGUGGUUGA